AUGCUAGUUUUAGCUUUUCUUACAACUACAUUGUGUGGUUUCGCCGACGUCGUCGCCGCCAGUGAAGUGGAUAUUUCAAUUUCGGAAAAUAGCAACACCGCUGCUAAUUUAAAACAUGAUGAUGGCCAUCACUUGGAGACACAAUCAGCAGCAGCAACAGCCACACUUCAAGAUAUAACAGAUACCGGUGGUGGUGGUGGUAGUGGCAGUGUAAUGGGCAUUCCCGAUAGCGGUGAUCUAAAUGCAGAAUUAUUAAAUCGUUUACGUUUCAUACCAUCACAAUUGGAUUUUGGUGAAUUGUCUGUGGGAACAGUACAAUCGCAUACCGUCACUCUCGUCAAUCAAAAUCGUAAUCACAGUGUUUAUCUUAGUUUGGUAACGGGCGGAACUCCGUCAUUUUAUAGUAGCUUAUUUGAAGCUAAAACUGUGCCACCGAAUGGUAAUACAACAUUUGAUGUGGUCUUUUUACCCAGGGAAAAUGGUGCUGUUCGAUCAAAUUUAUUCCUGCACACAUCGUUUGGAAAGCUCUUGCUAAUGGUGAGCGGCGAGGUACGUGAAUGUCCGUAUCGGCUAAAACCAUUGGUUGGCAUACGGGCACCUUUAAAUGCCACCUUAAUGCCCAUGAUACACAUGUAUAAUCCACAUGAAAGAGCAUUGCAAAUAUUGGAGAUUUACAGCAGUGGUGGAAAAUUUAAAUUAGAAUUACCAAGCGGAGACUCCGAAGGACCACACGGUCUAUGGGAGAUACCACCAUAUAGUACGAAACCCAUUAUAGGUAUACGUUUUCAGGGUUAUACUGCGGGCAAACAUUCAGCCUAUAUACGUAUAAAAAUUGCCGAACCCACCUCCCAAAAACAAAUCUUGGUUAUACCAGUGGAAUUUGUAAUAUUAUCCGAAUAUGGUAUAUAUGCUGUUAAUCCGGUCAUCGAUUUUGGUUAUAUUGCCUUGGACGACAAACAACAGCAACCAAUUAAACAAAAACUUUACCUACGGCAUUCCAAACAUCAAUUGGAUAUACAAAAUUUGGAAUUUGAAUCUCUUACGCUAACCAAGGCAGCAGCGUCGUCUUCGGCGACGUCGGGGCAUACAUAUCACAAUGUGGAACUUAUAGUACGGGCUAAUGUCUACAAGGGUUCAUUGUAUUAUGACAGAAAAUCAACAUUAUUUUUGGAUCGUGAACUAAGGUGGAAUAGUAGUAGUUCGCAAAGAUGCGAUAAUGCCACAUCGGAUGAGGCAUUAUCUCAUUUAAAAUGUACAAAUUUGGGUGAGCCCCGACACAUAGUGCUGCGUAAUGAUUAUCAAAUUCCUUUAUUAAUUUACAAUAUAACAACUGGGUUCAAUGAAAGCUCCAAGCUAAAUUUAUACCUGCAGCAGAACCCCCUACUGCAAAAGGGAGAAAGUGAAAGUGAUGCAGUGGUGGUAUUGCAACCCGCAGAUACCAUGGAAUUAACUGUGGCCUUUAGAUUGGCCACAACAACACAACAAAACCCCGUAGAACAACCAGAGGAAGAUCUCAAAGAUCUACUGAGAAAUUAUAAGACUGCCAUUUAUGUUUAUACGAAUAUAUCGAAUCCAAUCCAAAUACCCAUUGUUGUAAGCUCUACAAGUUUGUUUGUAACCACACAGACGUCGUCAUUAUGGCGCUCAAAAAAUUCCGUUUAUACCAAAGAAAUACAAAUAAUUUCCUCCGCACCCCUUCGUGAUAUUUCUCACAAAGGUUAUAUCGUUUUGCAAAAUCGUAAUUCAAUACCCAUUAAUCUGAAUAAUUGGGAUUUUCAAAAGACAUCGGGUAUUUAUUAUGCGGUUAAAUUUGCCGGGUCUAUUCGAGCCAUGGAUAUUAAUGAAAGCAAUGAUUAUGCAAUAGACUUGGAGAAACAUAGUUAUCGUUUGGAUUCCGUAUUGGAGGAAGGUGAUGUGGCAGUGUUUGAGGUGGCUUUGAUGCCAUAUUCCAUAUCGGGUACAGCCUAUUUGAGUAUAGCCACAUCGUAUGAGAAUAUUACGGUGACGUUAAAUUUUGAUGUGGUCUUUGGUAAACUAGAAGUGGAUCAGGAGAAAUUACAUUUUGCCAAUUGUUUUCCGGGUAAAAUCUGUUCCUCCGAACUGAGUAUACGAUCCAGCUUCGAUCAGGCCAUACAUAUGAAACAUAUUAACUUCAGUGAUCCCGGUCUAAGAUUUGUGGAUAGAAGUUCAAAGGGUUCGAUCAUUUCACCUAAUUCUGUUACAACUGUGGGUCGCAUAUAUUUUGAACCUUCAGCAUUGUGUGGCAAUCGGUGUUACAUACCACAGCAUACAGAUGAAUCCACUACCUUUCCCCACAGUCCCCAGGUGGAUAAAAUUCUCAAUAUGCCACAUUUCGAUGAAGUUGAACUGCGAAGGCGCACAGAAUUAUAUCGCCAUUUUAAGUCAUAUUUUCAAAAUUUAGAUUUUAUCAUGACCACUAAGCAGGAGGAAAAUUUUCAUCUAAAUCUUAUGAUUGAAAUACAAUGGCCCCAGUUGAUACCAACGCGACAAGUUAUACCCACAGUGGAGGUGAAUAAAACCCAGGUAUUUGAAGUGAAAAUUUCAAAUCCUUCAGAUAAACCGAUACUGAUUGAUUAUUCAUUGGCCGAUCCAAAAUUGGCACAUCAAACUCAAUUCACCCUGCCACUGGAGGUGAUCAUAAUAACGCCGACUUGUUAUUUAACCGAUAAGGCAGUGUUUUCCCUGGUCAAUCCGGCGCCCAGUAAACCGAUUUUGAUACCCGGUCUCACCUCCAUACGAGUGCCGAUAACAUUUAAAGCCUCCUCGAUGGGUAGCUAUUGUACCCUGUUGCAUAUACGCAAUAAUUUAACGCUCUACGAAGGUACAUGGAUCAGUGCCAAGGCUGUGCAAUCACAUUUUCGUUUGGGGAAUCGUAAACCGGGAUCACCCACACCAUUGCUGUUUGAGAUCACUGAGCAGCAGUUAACGGCGGCAUGUCCAAGUAAAGAGGAUAAACCUUCGAUUAUUUCAAGACGAGUUUUUACCGCUCGCAAUUCUGGCGAACUACCAAUAUGGAUUGAUAGCAUUUGGAUUGGUGAUCAACCCUGUCGUGGCUAUGGUUUUCAAAUAAUGGACUGUAAAAGUUUUGAACUCAAGGCGAAUUCAACGAAAACAAUUGAAAUUCAAUUUCAAACAGAUUUCACAGCGACCCGCAUUACAAAACCCCUUACACUGAGGACAAAUCUUACGUAUGCAGUAAAUUAUGUGUUAGUCGCCCAACUGCCUUCCAAAGGCCUGGAACAGUGUACAUCCUUAUUGCCGCGACCACCAUGGGAAGAGAAAAUACGCAAUGCCACCAUAAUUAUGUUAAUAAUAACUUUCGUUCUGGUCCUCAUUGCCGUCCACAUAGACUAUGGCAAUAUAAUGUAUACCCAGGCAACGUUAUAUGGAGCCCGGGAAAAGGGGACAAUACAUCCAACAUUUAAUUUAAGAAACAUAGCCAUGCGACAGAACAAUAAUGAAAGUUCCCCGACCGGCGAUGUGGAGAUGACAUUGAAAAAUAAAAGUGGUUUGAAGAAGAGGAAUAACGUGGGUGGCGGCAAGAAUCAAAGAAUGGCAAAUGGCGAGGCGAUUGUGUCAUCAUCCUCCUCGUCGUCUAGUUCUUUUUCUGCCUUACCCAACAUGACGCUGGCCGAAAUGGUUAGCUGGACUUUUGGAAGCAAAACCUCUAGAAAAGCAAAUAAAUUGAAUAAAAACAAGGAAGCUACGGUGGCCACACCGACGCCCUCAGCGUCCUCCAACGUGACAACAACAACAAAUUCCUCCCCAGCUUCGAAUGAUGUAAAAAAUUGUAAAAAUAAAUUAACCGAAAAAUCAUUGGUGGAAAAAAUGGAUGAGGAUUUGAAAAAGGCACAGCCGACAGUCUCCGUCAAGAAACCCACAAAGGUAACAGAAAAAAUUGCUAGCAAGCCCCGCGACGAAGAAGUCAAACAGUCCAAAGAAGAUGUACCCCCCACGAACAAGGAGGUGAAAAAAGAAAAUAAAGCCUUAACAAAAAAUACCACAAAUAAAAACACAUCUAGUCCCGAACCUAUGCCUUCAAAAGAACAAAGAAGAUCUUUGGAUUCUACCAGUUCCAAUACAACACACAGUGAUCCAUCGACAAUGCGUCAAGUUAAAACACCUCCUCCCGUUAGUAUACCAUCCUCAGGGCCUACAGUGAAUACGAACAAAGUGAGCCCCACGACCACCACCAGCCAUGUGAUGCCAAUGACCGAAAUAACCAAUCAUCAAACACCAAUUUCCAAGGAAACCACAAAUGGUCGCAAGCUGGGCAAGACACCAGGACGUGAACGGCGAAAGCAAACCACACAAAAUACCUCACCCACAACAUCGUCUUGUUCGUCGGCCUCUACGUCGUCUACAUCCUCCAGUUCCAUACCACAACACCAACAGCCGCAGCAGCAACACAAUACAGCUAAACGUUUCGAACGUAAACCCAAAAGCAGGGUCUCGAAUUCUCUUAAAUUUCCCACACAAAACUUUAGUCAUGCGAAUUCUGUCUACUCACAAAUGGCAGCAGCGGCCAACGAUCACAAUGAUCAAACAUUUCAUCAGGAUGUGUUAUCGCCUUGGGACUAUAGCAGCCACAUAACAUUUAGCGAUGUUCUGCAACAGACCCAACAAUUUGCCAAUGCCCAAUCCAAUGCUAAUGCCAACUCGACAGGAACCACAUUGCUCAAUAGUGAUUUAAAGAUGUUCGAUAACCCCACUUCAACUGCAUCCCCCACACCGUCAACAGCAUCAUCCGGGCCAAUUAAUUUGCCAUUUGCCGCCUCCCCACUUGAGUUUAACGAUGGACCUUCUAAGACGGAUUUGGGCCCCAUUGGUUCCAGGAAAUCACCCUCCUCAACUCCCGCCUGGGAGACAUUGAACAGUGCCAUAACUUUACAAUUACCGCGGCCAUUGAAUACAACCCUGACAACUACUUCACAACCACCACCACCACCCAGCCUACCCUAUGAUUUGCACAGUUGCCCCAAUUAUGGUUUGAAUGAUUUGUUGACAGCUCGCCAAACGAUACAACAAAUUGCUGCAGCCAAUGCUGCCCAAUUCCUAUUGCAACAACAACAACAGCAGCUGCAGCAACAACAACACUAUUUGAAUUUCAAUCAAUCGGCAUUGAACAACAACUGGUCGUCGGCCAACACCGCAACAUCGUCUUCAGGUUGGACCCCGUUUUUGGGUAAUGGUGUUGCAGAUUUAUCACCAACCCUACCCAGCCAUUCGAAUGCUGAUAUUUUUGGCGGCGCCGUUACAUCCACCUCUACAUGGAGUACAACACCAGCAUCCAGCAGCAUUGAACAACAUUUUGUCAAUAGUCAACAAUUUCCCAUGAAUACCGAUGUUCCGAUUACCAACACACACAAUGGCGGCGUCUAUGUCCGCUAG